CAUCACACCACACACUCCUCCUUUCUUGUCCGCCACCACCACCACCAAGCUUGUUAUCCAUCUUGCCCUGCUCCUUGUGAUGUGCAGUUGUCGUUCCAUCCCCAUCCAUCCAUUCAUUCUCGCCUUUUCUCAUGUGCACCAGCUGCCUGGCUCUUAUUUUGCGUUCCUCCUCGCGUUCUCACCCCCAUUUUUUAAAAGCGCUCUCUAUUGAUUUGUCGGAUUUAAAAACACUCCGGAAUCCCUUCCAUAAAACGGCACUUUAUCGGGAUUUGUGACUCAUUCCGAGGAGACGAUAAGAGAAGAGAGUCGGUCAUAUUUUACGCACCAGCAGUCGGGCUGCGGAUGGAUGAACGUGUAGUGUCUUGUUUUUAAACAGAAAAAAAAACAUUUGGGGGGAGGUAUUUCAUCGCUGUGGAGCAACAUGAAGAACUAAUCCGGAGGCUUCAAGUUUGAUAGGAAAGGAAUUCCAACACAUAAAGCGCAAGCGGCCAACAUCAUUGGGAAGCAGCUUGCAUGUGCGGACGCCACUUCGGCUGUGCCUCCUCUGCUCAUCUGCAGCUAAGGAGCCCCUUUGAGAUUUUCAGCUUUCUGUGAGCACAUGUGGCGCUGCUGUGCUGUGCGCAUCAAAUGGAGCCGUCAAUUAGUCUCUCGCGCGCAACCUGCUGCUAAUAAUCGACCCCCCCCCCACCCCUUGCAUCUGCAACGUUCUCUUAGAUUUCACCCUUUUGCCCCUCCCAAUUGUCUCCUACCUGUAAGCGUAAUCUAUUCGCUGUUUCUUUCUUAAAUCAUCUUCCAGGCAACCCCUCAUGUCUCUUUAUGGUGGUAAUGAAACUCAAGACAUUUUUAAUCUAAGACUUGUUUUUUUUUUUUUUGCUACAGAGAACUGCAAAGUACGUUCCACUUCUGAAGCUCUCAACUUCAAAGAGGCAAGCUCACUCAGCAACUGUUGCAAGCGGCUCCUGUAAACAAAACGCGGAACUUGAACCUGAAAGAAUAAGAAACAUCAUCAAAGAACCAUGUUUCUGCAAAAGCGGACUUCAUCUUUCACCCCUUGCGCAUACAUCUCCGUCCUGCUGCUGCUGCUGCUGCCGGGAGUCACCCACGUGUCCCGAGGCAGUUCCAGCCAUGACAAUUCUGGCAGCCCGGCGGGCAACUGCAGCAGUGAAGAUAACUGCUCUGACGGCGUGGUGCUACCCAUGUGGAACCCCCAGAACCCCGUGGUGGGUGAUAAGGUGGCUCGAGCCAUCGUUUACUUUGCAGCUCUCAUAUACAUGUUCCUGGGCAUGUCCAUCAUCGCCGACCGCUUCAUGUCAUCGAUUGAGGUCAUCACCUCUCAGGAAAAAGAGAUCACCAUCAAGAAGCCCAACGGUGAGACGACGACGACAACCGUGCGCAUUUGGAACGAGACCGUGUCCAACUUGACUCUAAUGGCUUUAGGGUCAUCGGCGCCAGAAAUCCUUCUGUCCGUCAUUGAGGUGGUAGGCCAUAAUUUUGAAUCCGGAGCUCUGGGUCCGAGCACCAUCGUGGGCAGUGCUGCGUUCAACAUGUUCAUCAUAAUAGCCAUCUGUGUCUACGUAGUGCCAGAAAACGAGACCCGCAAGAUAAAGCACCUCAGGGUGUUUUUUGUCACUGGCGCCUGGAGUAUUUUUGCCUACAUCUGGCUAUACCUCAUCCUGUCCGUUUUCUCUCCCGGCGAGGUGGAAGUUUGGGAGGCAGUUCUCACCUUUCUCUUCUUCCCACUCUGCGUGCUACAAGCCUGGAUCGCAGACCGCCGUCUGCUCUUCUACAAGUACGUCAACAAACGCUACCGUGCCGACAAGAAUCGCGGCAUUAUCAUCGAAUCGGAAGGUGACGCCAUGUUCACCAAAAUGGACUUGGAGAUGGACGGCCAGGGAGUCAACUCGCACACUCACCCCAAAGAGGCUCUGGAUGGGAUGCUGGAGGGUGUGGAGGAAGGUGGAGGGAUGAGCGCGGAGCAGGACCAAGAGGAGGAAGCGAGAAGGGAGAUGGCUCGCACCCUAAAAGAACUGAAGCAGAGGCAUCCAGAGAAGGAUAUGGAGCAGUUGAUCGAAAUGGCUAACUACCAAGUCCUAGUCCAGCAACAGAAGAGCCGAGCCUUCUACCGCAUACAAGCCACGCGGAUGAUGAUCGGCGCCGGAAACAUCCUGAAAAAGCACGCCGCCGAUCAGGCUCGGAAGGUGGUGAGCUGCCACGAGGCAAGCGGACAGGAAGAGGACCCCAACACCAUCUACCUGCAGUUUGACCCUUCCCACUACCAGUGCUUUGAAAACUGCGGCUCCUUAAAACUCUCAGUCGGCCGGCACGGAGGAGAAGCCGGCUGCACCGUGAAGGUCGACUACCGCACGGAGGAUGGCACCGCCAAUGCUGGGUCGGACUAUGAGUUCGCCGAGGGCACUUUGGUCUUCAAGCCCGGCGAGACCACAAAAGAGUUCACCGUCGGUGUGAUCGAUGAUGACAUUUUCGAAGAAGAUGAACACUUCUACGUGCGCCUCAGCAACCCCCGCAUCGUCCACCGAGCCGAGGUCUCCGUCCUGGAACCGCGUUCUCUCUCUUCCAGCAACAGCAUGGCCGGCAUGUCCUCUCACAUCCCGCCGAAAGCCGCCCUGGGCGGCGCUCACACCGCCACGGUGACCAUCUACGACGACGACCACGCCGGCAUCUUUACGUUCGAGAGCAAGUCGACCAGGGUCAGCGAAAGUGUCGGAAACAUGCAGGUCAAGGUUCACCGGACGUCCGGUGCGAGGGGCAAGGUGGCGGUGCCUUACCACACUGUCGAGGGCACAGCCAAAGCUGGCGAGGACUACGAGGAAGUGUCCGGCAAGCUGGAGUUUCAGAACGAUGAGACCAUGAAGCUGCUGAACGUGAAGAUCAUCGAUGAUGAGGAGUAUGAGAAGAACAAGACUUUUACCAUUAUUUUGGAAGAGCCCAUUCUGCUGGAAGUGGGACAGCGACACGGAGACACCAAUGACAACAAGAUGCCAGUCGGGCCGGAAGACGUGGCAAAGAUGGGCUGCCCUUGUCUGGGAGAACAUACAAGCCUGGAGGUGGUCAUUGAGGAGUCCUACGAAUUUAAGAGCACGGUGGACAAGCUGAUUAAAAAGACGAACCUGGCACUGGUGGUGGGGAGCAGCAGCUGGAGGGAACAAUUUGUUAGUGCCGUCACUGUCAGUGCAGGUGAUGACGAUGAGGAAGAAAGCGGAGAAGAGCGUUUGCCCUCCUGCUUUGAUUACAUAAUGCAUUUCCUGACAGUUUUCUGGAAAGUGCUCUUUGCUUUCGUCCCACCCACCGAGUACUGGAACGGCUGGGCCUGCUUCUUUGUGUCCAUCUCGUUAAUUGGCAUCCUGACAGCCGUGACCGGGGAUCUGGCCUCUCAUUUCGGGUGCACCGUCGGCCUGAAGGACUCGGUCACAGCCGUGGUGUUCGUGGCCUUGGGCACGUCUGUCCCAGACACAUUUGCGAGUAAAGUGGCCGCAAUCCAGGACCAAUAUGCUGAUGCGUCCAUCGGGAACGUCACAGGCAGCAACGCGGUCAAUGUGUUCCUGGGCAUCGGGGUGGCGUGGACCAUCGCCUCCGUUUACUGGAAGACCAGAGGCAAAAGUUUCAAGGUUCACCCGGGCUCCCUGGCCUUCUCGGUCACCCUCUUCACCAUCAUGGCACUGGUGUGCGUGCUGGUGCUGCUCUACCGCCGACGCCCGAGCAUAUCAGGCGGCGAGCUCGGAGGCCCACGGACAGCCAAGCUCCUCACCUGCUUCCUCUUCCUCUCCCUGUGGUUCAUUUACAUCUUGCUGUCCUCGCUGGAGGCCUACUGCCACGUGCCCGGCUUCUGAGAUGGCGAGAAUAGCCCAAAUGUGGCCCCGCCCCUUGUUUUUACAGAAUGUUUUCUGUUGUUGUUGGGUUUUUUUUUUUCACAGAAGUCAACUAAAUACAUUUUCCCUUGCUGUUAAUCCAGUCAUUCCUUUUAACAUAUUUAUCUCAGAUAACCUGACAUAUUGCUUCCUGUCAACUAUGUUUCUGUACAGUUCUUGUGAGUUUUUACAUUUUUAUGAUAGGACUUUCUAGUGCAUUGGAUGGCGACUCGGUUAAAUGAAAAGAGGGAAACGUAACUGUAAAAAAAAAAAGAAAGUGUGCAUUGGUACAUAUUACUUGAGCUUGACAUUUAAUAUUCAUUGUGUAUCAUGUAACAGAUGAACAUUGUGUGUGCGGAUUUUGUGAAAGACUUAAUUUUUUUUUCUGCACGCAUCGGACAGAGUUUUUUGGAAAUCUAUUUUAAAGUGCAAUAUGUAAUGUUUGAACAACGGUGUGUUGAUGUGCUCCUGUAACGUGAAAUCUCAGCAGUAAUCUCUCAACGCUCUUCUUCUGUAUCACGUUUGGUAUAGUCCGAGUUAAAAUACAUUUUCUUGAAAAAAAAAUAAAAAUAAAU